AUGUCUGAAAGUAUCGCGGAACGACGCAAGAUGCCCAUCCUCUUCACCUCACUCGACGGCGAGGUCUUCGAGCUUGCUCCAGAAGAUCUCCCUCGAAGCUCAUCCCUACAUCCUGACAAUGUUGCAGCUACGAUGAACGACAACCCAGUCCAGCCAACCACAACGCAACACAUUGGUAUUCCGAUCCGUACGCUUGACGGCCCAUCAGAGAGAAUGACUAUGCCUUCAAGAAUUCCAGAUUCCCCACGAUCUCCAAGAACGCCUCGAUCUCGGUGCGGAACGCCACUUAUCGAGGUAAUCGCUCCAGAUCAAUUGCCCGUCAGGCCAGCGCAAACAAGUUCUCGAAAGGAAGGACCUCAUAAGCAUCACACAAGAAGCGACUCGAAUACCAUCAAGCAUAACAGCAGCGGCGUCAAGGUUCCCAUGCAGUACAAUACUUAUGGAGAGUUGAUACCACAAAGUUCUGUCAACGAGCAUCCGAUCUCUGAUCAAUUGACUGUCACGCAGCUGCUUCGGGUCAUUAGGAAAGCUUAUCAUCAUGAUCUUAGAACCAGUCUCAGCAAGCUUCUAAACCCUAACCCAAAUGGUGGUGACUCUGUCCUGGUAGAAGACAACAUCUGGUCUCAUCGACUCUCUUCAUGGGACCUCCGUCUCCGAACACCAAAAUCCGCCAGCCCAAGUUCUGUAACAAGUCAAAAUGCCCCAGUGUACGGUCAGCGUAGAGUCCUUGAGAUUGGAUGCUCUGAUGGCGAUUGGUGUUUUGCCUUCAAGAAACAGCAGCCCGAUUGGGUGGUUCAUGGCGUGGAUGAUACGGAUCAUUGGUCUUGCUUCGACAGAGGUGUACCCCUUCGAGACUUUAUGAGAAAGAUCGAGUCAACCGGUGGCAUGUCCUCAGAUUAUUUCAGUGGAGCUACUUCCAACAUACCCUUUCCCGAGUUUACGGAACGCAACCUCAACUGUCUUUUGCGGACCGAAGAACCCGUUCCGUGUAAUUUCUAUGAGUUCAUCCGUGGUAGGGGAAUAUUCGAUCGAGUUGAAAGCUAUAAGAUGUUCCUCGAAGACGUUCGCUGCCUAUUGAAACCAGAUGGUGUUGUCGAAUUCAUUGAAGUUGAUCCUAGACCACGAAUCUCUCGAGUCAAAUCUAACCUUGAAGACAUGGACGUUACGGCUCCCAGCGGGAAGAAGGGAAAGAAGAGGAGUUGCGCAGCUACAGACUGGACAAGCAACAUCGAAGACCGAUUCAAGGAUCCAUUGGACAAGGAGCUUGCAACCGAUGUUCCAGGCUGGUCUAGGCUAGUUGAAGAGCGCAUGAAGGCAAAUUUGCGUCCUCGUGAUGGAGUUGCAGCAGCGAAUCUCAAGUCAUGGCUCGAAGGGGCUGGAUUCUGGGAUGUCAAAGAAUUUGUCUUGCCCAUACCUGUUGGCGGUACAACGAAGUCGGGAACGCUGCUCAAAGAGUAUAUUCUCUACCAACUGGAACUCGAAAACUGCAUUCCGAAGUUACGAGAUGAACUUCCGGAGGUCGAAGUGGCAGAUUUAGAGCAUGGCAAAUAUCACCUGAACGUGCACAUCAUCACUGGACGUAAGCCAAUGGAUCUUCGACCUGGAGAUCUCAUGGCAAACGGAGAACGAAGAGAAAUGACCUCAUCUACAUACGAUGCCAUGGCUAAAUUCGAUGCUAUUAAAUCAUCUCAGUGGAAGAGAUUUGAUCUCGAAGGCAACCUUGCGGGUAUCAUGCAAAACCUUACUACACUUACGGGUGCUCCUGAGGCCCUUCAAGUUACGCGUGGUACUGCUGAAGAUGGAUUGAUGCCUUUGAUCGGUCGACAUCCUGAUCUCGCGAAUCCCUUCAACUGUCCACCUUUCGUCACUCUGAAAGAAAUGGAACAGCACAUCUCCGAAUCUGGAGGUGAGCAUGAUGCGCGGUCUCAGUCAGGUCGUACAGGCUUGCCUAGACUGGGUUAG